AUGGCAACAACAACAACACCCCUCUUCACGGUCCCGCUUGGCCUGACUCCCCUACUCACAACAAGACCAUGGGAACACCUCGACCGCCUCAACUUUAGCAACUGGCCCGUGUCGGUCCAGGCAUGGCUCGUGCAAGAGGUCGUCUUCCACGUCGUCGGCUUGUUGUUCGAGUACGCCGACCAGCACAAGUCGCUCGAGCACGUCAAGGUUCGCAAGCUCAAGCAGUCGGGCUACGUCAAGCUCCUCCCCAACGUCCUCCGCAACCAGAUCUUCGUCCUCCUCCCCAUGAUGUACUUGUCAGAGUACCUUGGGUUCUGCUUCACGGGCCCCAAGCAGCUCUCGCUGUUCCGCUUCAUCGCCUCGCUCCCCGCCAUGGCCAUCGGGCACGACAUCAUCCAGUACAUUGGCCACCGGUACAUUCUCCACUUCCCCUCGGUCUGGAUGAUGAAGACGUUCCGCCACUCUGUGCACCACUCGACAAAGGCAAACUCGGCCAUCAGCGCAUGCUACAUGUCGUCGAUCGACUUCUUCAUCGAGAUUGUCUGCCCCUACCUGUUGCCACUGGCCCUCGUGGGUGGCGGCGGCUCUGGCACCUUCUUCCACUUCCUCGUCGCCGGCACGGGCGCCAUCGGCGGCCUGUACGAGCACUCGGGCUUCGACUUUUCGCUCUACUUCCGCAAGCAGGACCCCUCGCCCGAGGACAAGCCCCAGGUGACCGAGCCCGCCGAGCACGUCGAGGAGCAGGGCCCCGUCCUCAAGGUCGUGACCAACUUCCUCGCCGACUUUCUCGACAACCGCGCCCACCUCGAGCACCACCGUCGCGGCUACGUCUCCUUCUCGGAUGGCUUUGGCAGCCCUGGCAUCUGCGACACGCUGCUUCGGACCCGCUGGGACCUGAGCGAGCGCCGGAAAGCCGAGGUGGAGAAGGAGUGGGCACGACAGCGUCAUUGA